AUGCGUGUCGUCUUCCUGAGUGAACGCGUCGUCCUUGUUACCGCGAGGGUCUUCGAACAGUGGACACGACGGAGCAGGGCACGCGGCAGAUUAUACGAAAUAUUUUAAGAACAGGGACUUAACCGCAUAAGGAAAGAGGGAAGGGAUAAGCGGAGUGGAGCGCAGACGUAGCAAGAGAGAACGACGAGGCCUCCGUCUUCACAGAUAACGGGAUUGCCGAAAGGAGGAAAAAACGCUUCUUUCUUCUCUCUCUCUCUCACACACAUGCCAGUCCAUCAGCAACAACAGAAGAACAAAACGAGGAGAUAAGUUUUUUAAUCCUCCGCGGAAUUCUCGUCACACUUGUUCUUCUCAGCGUUGGGAUCCUCUGCCUCUUCUCCUACUGCUUCAUCGGCCUGUUUUGGGCUCUCCAGGGCUCGUUUCUCCUGCUCUUCCUCCAAUUCCCCGUUCGGGUUGCUCUCCAUCGUUGAGAGAUUCCUUGCGGCCUUCCUUACCUCGACCCGGCUCCUCAGAACCUCCAGCAGCUCCGCCACAGCCUUGCUCCUCUCCUUCGUCCGGUUCUUGAUCAGUACCUCGCUGACGUCGGCCGGGGUCAUCUGUGCCGUGCCCAUCACCACCUGCAACUCCCCCAGGAGUCUCUUUUCCUCGCCCCCCGCCAGGGCCUCCUCAAAGCCCAAGUAGUUCUUCAUCAGAAUCUUCAAGGCCGGGAAGGAGCAGAAGCUCAUGAAGAUGUGCAUGUCCAUCCUCCCCGACCGGAGAAGAGCCGGGUCGAGCUUCUCGAUGUGGUUCGUCGUGAAAACGAAUAUCCUCUCGCUCCCGCAGCAGGACCAAAGCCCGUCUGUGAAAUUCAACAAGCCCGAAAGCGUGAUCGACUUGGUUGUCUCCUCCGGCCCCACCAUCGGGCACAACUCCGACGACGGGUCGGAGAAACUGCUCAGCCCGGAGGAUUUCUUCACGGCAGCUCCGUUCCUGUUCGUGAGUUGGAUAGAGCAGUCGAUGUCCUCGAUGACGAUGAUCGACUUCGAAGUGGUCUUCAUCAGCAGCUUGCGGAGCUCAGAGUUGGUGUGCACCUCCGUGAGCUCGAGGUCGUAUAUAUCGUAGCCAAGGUAAUUCGCCAUGGCGGCGAUCAUGCUGGACUUGCCGGUCCCCGGAGGGCCGUAGAGGAGGUACCCGCGCUUCCACGCACGGCCAGUCUUCUGGUAGAAGGUUUGGCCGUCAGCGAAGUCCCGGAGAUCGGCCAUGAUCUCCUCCUUCCUCUCUGGAUUCAUUGCCAGGGUCUCGAAGGUGCUGGGAUGCUUGAAGGGGACCGAUUCCCAGGGGUGCCCACGAGCGUCCAGAGCGCCGCCGCGGGAGUUGGUGUAGAGGAGGCGGUCCUGGUUCCGGCGACGGAUGUCGUUGGCUCUCUCCAUAA